ACUAAUUGGCCUGAUCGCUAUGGAACCGUCUUGGACGGACGGCUGUCCGCGGUCCGCUCCGCCGCCGCCACUCCCGCCCUGGGAACAAGAGCCUUAUCAUAGUCAAGUGGCCCAGUGCGAGUUGGCUAAUUACGUCUAUCAACCGUACGCCAGCCACGAUUUUGACUAUGCUCGAUAUCUCAACUGCAUGAUCAACACCUUAACAAACGAUCGCUUGCCAUCGUCCCACAAGCAGUUACACGUUGAGGAAGGCGCCACGGUGAAAGUCACCUGCCAGCCACUGGAGUGUCCACCGCGGCAUCCACCUGCCGGUGUUCAAUCGCGAGCGGACACUGCGCGGCGCGUAUUACUGGACCAAGGACGGACAUAAGAUCGCCGAGCAGAUUCACAGUAACAUCAUGCGAGGCCGCGCGAUGACGGUGGAACUAGACCACGAUGUGAACAUCGUCAAUAACGUGCCGGAUGGACAACUGUGGAUCCACUCCAUCAAACUGGCGGACCGGGGCGUCUAUGCCUGUGCGUACUUCGACAAGUGUCCCUGGGAGAGUAACGAGAAAAUACUCUGGUGUCCGCUACGUGUCGGGCAAGCGUACCACGUCCACGUAUCGCCGCAGGGCACACCCGCGCAUGUCGACAAUGGAGACGCAGCCGGAAAAUUCUCGUCAGUCAAUGACACACAGAAUUCGUCAAUCUCGACGGGCGACGGCACUAUCUCGCCCGCGUCCUUCUUGUCCACAAACUGGUCAGGCAAAUUUCCUACGAAUGACUCGCUGUUGGAGCUGAGUGCAGUCCCGACUAUGGGUUCCGGUACAGCCUCUCCACCAUCAAACAACGCUUCCCGUUUUGCUGACACUGCGCUCUAUCUUGACACAACAAGGCCAAAAAUCACAGAGCCGGAGCGCCCCUUGGUAAUGGGAGGGAACGUAACGGACACUGACACAUCCUUGUCCAAUGGCUUAUCGUCGGCUUCCGCCCGGACCACAGUCAGCACGACUGCAAUUCUGGAGGAGAUCACGUCAGCGGUUAAUGAAACGGAGUACGACACCGAUUAUGACUGACAACCGGGCGAUCAACGCCGCCAGUCGAGUUAUCCACCUGAGUGCCCAGCCUGCACCGGCAACUGUCCCUGUCCGCCGCACAAGCGCACACGCAAGCAGCUGCUCAAGGCAAUGACAUUUGAUACUUGAUCCCUUGUUGAUAUUCCAACUGUCUCCGCGCAUUUAAAUCUACUUCCUCAUUUUGUUUUUUUUCUUACGGUCGAUACACAUGAAAAUGUGACGAAUUGGCCGAU